CUGUUUCCUAAAGAGUUUAUUUUGAUAUUCUUACACCUAUUAAAAAAAUAAUUAAGAUACACUUUUGUUUUUAUUAAUUAUGCAUAUUUAGUCAAUAAUAUUUGAGAUAUAUUAAAAUUAUUUAUAAGAUUAAUAAUUAAUAUUAAACAUAAACUCAAUAUUAAUUAUAUUAAAAUUGUAAAAUGAUAUUUUUAUGUAGCAAAAAGUGUGAAAUAAGUAAACUAAGCCAGGUUUGGUUGUUGCCGUUCAAAAAAAAAAAGCCAGGCUUGGUUGUUAUUGUGAAUUUUCAGAGAAAAUACAAGUAUCAGCUGGUUAUAACUUUAUAUAGAAUGAUAAAAAAUAUCGUUAUUUUUGUAUGUCAAUCAACACAAAAUUUAGACAACGAAAGAUAUACAUUAACUGAAAAUGUGAGAUAACAUUAUUAAAAUUGGGAGAAUUCCUUUAAAACUGUUACAAAAAAAAAAAUCCCUUUAAAACCACUUAAAAGUAAGCUAAUCUUUGGAUUCUUCGAUUACUUUGAGUAAGUCCACACAAUCCAUUUCAAAAUUAUUGAAUGAAAACAUCAAAAAUAAUAAAUUAAAACAUCCUUUCUCGUCUAACUAAACAUAUUCCACCCAAAAAAUCAUAAAAUGAAUGCCAACGAUGAAACUGAAGAAUAAUAAUUUCAUCAAUUUAAUUUUUAAUAUUUCCUGUUUGGUCAAAAUAAGUAACGCUUAAAUAGUGAAAACUAUAGUAGCUUAUUAAACUAGAACUAACAAAAUGGCUUAAUAAAAUGUUUGUAUUAUUAUCUUUUUUGCUCUAUUAAUCGAGUGUGGAUGAAGAAACAUAUACUUCAAAACUCCAAUUAAAAAAAAAACAAAAAUGGGUUAGAGGUGUUUUAGACAGUGUUUAUAUAUAAAAUUAUGGAAUGGUAUUAUUUUUUUUUUUAUUUUUUUUUGUCAUCUAUGGAAUGGUAUUAUAAGACUAAUAAAUUAAUAGAAGCUAGGAAUAAGUUGAAGACUCGAAGGCCUAUUGGAUGUGUUGCAAGUUGAUGUAGGAAUAGUGAGAAGCCAAAGCAAUGUCUUCAAAAUCUUUGCAGUGCCUUCUCAACAUCUACGAGUUGUCCUAGUUAGCAGCUACUAUCAACGAAUAUACACACACUAUUCUUAAAGUUUCCAUGUUCCUUUGCCUUUAUGUCUCAGACGCAGACAAAGUCUCUGAAAUUUCCAAUAAAUAAUAGAAAUCAUGAAUUUAAUAAAAGACUCUGAUUGAACCAGAUUUUUUUCCUUUUUUAACCGAGUUUUGUAUAUGGACGUUCAAUGAGGUUGAAACUCUUUUUGGAUUUUAGAACAUUUUAAUCUCCAAACUUUAAGUUUGAAGAGUAGUGGAGUGUAUACAGAUUAUUAAUUCCCUAGGCCCUAAUGAUUUUUUUUCAAAGCUCUAAUUUGUAAAUGAUAAUCGUCACUGGUAACAUUAACAGUUCUUAAUUUAUAGAGUUGUAACAAUCUUAAAGAGUUAACUAAAUGGCUACUUAUCAAGGAAGAACUUAGUGAUAUUAUACAUUUUCAAAAAAUAUAUUUAGAUAUUAAAAAUAGGAUAGCAUAUAGAAAUUAACAUAUGUUGUUUGCAUGUGUGUGUCUUUUUCUCUCUCUCUUUUUUUUUUUGAAGUUCCCAACAAAGUUCGAAGCUCAGAAAGGGAACUGUGGCUACUGAUGCAAUGCAAGGUUAGAGGAAGCAUUUAUGCAAAAAGCCUGUUGCUUCGUGCUCAGAGGAGAGGGACCAUAUAUAUUUGAAUCCCUUUCUACUUUCUUUUGACAAAGAUAUACCAAUUUUUUUUUUUUUUUGGACUGGUGUUAAUUCAUUGUUUUAUUUAACUAUUUAAUUAUUUAUUAGUACUAGUCUUAGUAGGGGGAGGUAUAGGUAAGCAAUACAAAGUGCUUUUCCUGCAGGCUUCAGCAUUGGCUCUCACUCUCUAGGUGGUUCGUGAUUUCAAAAUCUUCAGUGCUUUUCUUGCGACAAUAGUUGUGAAAUAUAAAACCAGCUUUGACCACUGAUUACCUCGAGUAGUGUUUUUCAACGUAUGUGACACAAUACAUGGUCUUCUCGACUAAUGGCCUACCUCAGUAAACAACACAAAAUCAGUGAAAAACUUCAAUUUUGCUAGAAAUUCUGAGGUAAUCUCUGGAUAGACCACUAAUGGUAACUAGCAACUAGGUUUCAACAGCUAUCUCCGCUACAGGCCUACAAGUCAGCUUAACAGUUCUUUAAAAUCAAAUAUGCAUUUAUAUAUAGAUAUUGCUUUGCUUAUUUGUUAAUAUUUAUAUAUGUGGAGGGAAAAAAGUAAAGUAACAGUGCCCAUAAAGCUUUUGUUUUCACUCUUUUUCUUGACUUGUUUUCUCUCUGGGUAGGAAGACGAUGGAGGAGUUUAGGGUAAGACACGAGUUUUCAUCUACGACUAGUGUUUCGUUGGUAACAAGAUACGUCAAGGCAGCGCGGUGCCUUUUAGAAGAAGUUAUCGACAUGGGUGGUAGAGAGGUUGAUCUUUGCAACGACGUUCUUAUCCAACAACUGUUUCCAGGAAGAAGAAGACCCGGUUUUGGCUUGUCCUCUGAGAUCAAAUCUGAACUUUGUAACUCAGGUUUCAUGUCUUUGCCUGAGAAUCAUGAGCUUCAUAUCAAAAUCACCAAGCUUCUCAGUUUGUUGCAACAGGUAGAUGAGAGGUUUGACAUAUACUGCAAUCAAUUGGAGCAAGUGAUAUCAUCAUUUGAGGAAGUAGCAGGAGAAGGAUCAUCAAAACUAUACACCGGUUUAGCACUUCAAGCCAUGACUCGACAUUUCGGUUCUCUCCAAGAAGCUAUCCUCUCUCAGCUCAACUCUCUUCGUAGGAGAUUCAUCAUCUCUCAAGAUUUUGUUCCCAAGAUCGUGACCUCUGGUUUGUCACAGCUCAGCUUGUUCGAUGGGAACACUCCAUCAUCGCUUCAGCGUCUCGGUUGGGUUCAAGGACCUCAGAGACAUGCUUGGAAACCCAUCAGAGGCUUGCCUGAAACUUCUGUUGCGAUUCUCAGAGCUUGGCUCUUUCACCAUUUCCUGCAUCCUUAUCCGAGUGAUGCAGAGAAGCUGAUGUUGGCGUCUCAGACAGGGCUUUCAAAGAACCAAGUAUCAAACUGGUUCAUAAAUGCUCGAGUUAGACUCUGGAAACCAAUGAUAGAAGAGAUGUACAGGGAAGAGUUUGGAGACUCCUCAGAUGAAUCCAUGCAAAGAGAAGGCAAUGAUGAUUCAAACUGACUUAUUAAAGAACAGAGUCUUGCGCCAUCUAACUCGAUCUUUUGAUGAGUUUGUUAGUCAAUUUUACACCUUCUUUAUGUCUAUCUUAACUCUUCCCAAACACCAGCAUUGUUAUGUAAACUGGACCGAGUUUCUUCGCUUCGUUAGUUUUAGUUCUGGUUGAUAUCUCCUUGUUUAGGUAUACCAGAAGCAUGAAUUUUAAGGAUUCUCAUUCUAGAUCGGCAUUACACAAUGGGAUCUCUAAAAAGUACACCUAAUCCAUUAGGAGAGACUAUAAAUCACA